UCAUCAUUCCCAGGAAAAUAGAAAGCGUUAAUUUUUGUAUUUAGGUAUUUGCCCUUUAAAUUUAAAAUAAAAACAUUAUUUUCUAAAAAAAACCUUGGAGUGUACUCCCUUUAAGUAAAAUACCCUACAAUGAGAUCAAAACCUCCCAAGAAACGCACGAAAUCCGAGUGUGGCGAGAGUCCCACGGAAAACCAAGUACAGCAGUCACCUAGUGUUAUCAUGGAAAUGGAGCUGCUUGCCCUAAGAGCCAAAAAUGCAGAAAUAAUUCAAAACAAUAUAAAACUCAGGCACACCAAUGAUGAACAAUUUACAGAAAUUAAGUUGCUUAGACAGAAUCUUCUCAUGGCUGAAACCAGAGCGAAUAGAUAUGCAAUAGAACUGGCCAAAAUAAAACAAGACUUGGAGGGCUGCACUCCAUCUUUUAUACAAUUUAUGAAUCUACUGAUCAAACAUGUUGAUAAUAGGUCAAUUAAUUCAGACAAGGUCAAUAAUAAAUGUAGCUCAUUGUCUAGUGGGGCUAAAACAAGUGGUGUAAUUACUCAAGCAGUUAAGCCCCAUAUGGUCAAUGGAGCAGUAUUAAAUGUCAAUCCUACAAUCUCAUUAACUCGUUUGAGCACAUCUGAAACGAAUAGUAGACCCUCUACCAGUUCUGAUCAAAGUUUUGUAACUAGAAGGACUGCUCGGAGUACUAGUGAUAUUUCUGAUAAUGAGGAUGAAAAUGUUUGCUUCGAUGGUGUCUUUGAUAAUCAGGAAUCCCCAACUGUGGUUGAAAACCAUCAAUGGAGACUUAGUUCCAUUAGCGAGAGGACAGAGGAUGAAGAAGAGGAGGAAGCACCCCUGACUAGUUCACAAAGGACUAGUGAAAUUCGGGUUGUUCUGUCCCGGUUAGGUGACAUAAAUUCCCCAAAUACGACAUGUAGUUCAAUGGAAGGCAACAUUGGGAAUAACACUCACUAUAAUAUUGAGACUACCAUUAUUGAUAAUAUAGCCAGACAAAGGCAUGGUGACCAUAUUAGGUUAAUUUCUGAUUAUUUAUUGAGUUCUCCUCGUGCAAGUUCCACCAUGUUGAGUUUAAGUGAUAAUGAUGUGGCUGACAAUGUUUCCCCUUCAGUUGCGUUAUUAACGACCCCAUCACUCAACGCUAUAGGGGACAUAGAAGGUACCAAAAUGAAUGUUUUCGCCGAUUUACGAAUGGACGUUAGUCCAGAGAAUACCAUUAGCGGAACUCCAAGCAGGGUAAUAAGCAAAAGGAAGACUUAUAGUCAACGCGGUUCCACAAAUAAUUCCACGAGGGAAAAUAUGGAUAAAACUUUCGUUCCGUCUAGUUUUGUGUCAAUACGCAGCGACAGAAAACAGUCAAACGACCAAUUGAUCCAACCGAUCCUGACUCCCAGGGUGAUCCUGGAACGGUUGUCCAUCACUGUUCCGCCGUCACCGCGUAAGACGCGAAGCGCCUCCAAACAAAACGGAGAAAACACGGAUCCAAGCGAGAAUAAUAAUAACGAGGAAGAAACCAAAGCAAUAGAAUCGAAACCGCCGAGAAGGAAGAGAAGAAAAAGCAGCAACGUUGAGAACGACGUGUCGAAAAGGGUGAAGGAGAUGCACGUUCGUUUGUCGAAUUAUUCGCUGCUGUCGACGGAACAUUGUGGUCAGCAACCCCAAGGUUCAGGGAUUGGACGACCACAACGGGCAGCAAAACCGAAAAGUUUAAUAGAAAGUUCUUUAAAAAUUAAAAUGAGGCGGAUGUUUUAAGCAGCAUUAUUCUAAAAUCUUAUAUUUAUCCAACUUUUUUUUGUAUUUUUAUUAUUAAUAUAUUACUAUUGUUAUUAAGUAAGUAUUGUAAAAUGACAAUUCUGUAAGAAUAAAAACACUUUAUGAGUGUUUAAAACUGUUUGCUCUGAAAGCUGGGAAGUUUAUUAGGACUUAGGUGUCGCAUAUUACAUUAUUUGCAUAUUUAA